GCGGAUCUAAGUUCCAUAUCCUUUCCAAACAUUUUGCUUUCAUACCUUUCCCUGCACCUCUUUACACCCACCAUCCACCAUGUCCGCAGACAAGGCUCAGGAGGGAGACGAAGUUUCCGGGAGCCUUAACAAUGGUUCGAAUCCAUCUGGUGUCGCAUCAGAAACCAAGCCCGGCGACGUACCCGUCGCUUCUCAAGGCGACAACGAGACAACCGCGACAGGGACCGACGCUGAACGGGGCGAUGCCAACACCGGGGAGCCUACCAGUGAACCAGAUGUAACCCAGAAAGGAGAGCAGAACGCAGACUCGGGGGAUUCGGGGGAAAAGAAGGAAGGCGAGAAAGAGGAUGAGAAAGAGGGUGAGAAGAAAGAUGAGAAGAAGGAUGAGCCUCCAGUAGAGAAGGCGGUUGAGAAGGAGGAUGAAGGAAAGGACGAGCCUCAGGCUGAGAAGAAGGAUGAGCCACAACCCGAGAGUAAGGAGACCGAGAGUAAGGAGACGAAUGGGGCUACUAAGGAAGAGGAGGCUCAAGUGGGUGAGAAGAGGAAGGCUGAUGAGAGCGCCGAGCCUGAGAAGGCCGCUGAUACUGAGGAGCCGGAAACCAAGAAGCAAAAGCCGAGCAAUGGUACUGCUGCCACGAAUGGGACGAAGAGAGGACCAGGAAGACCUAAGGCAUCUGCUGGUGGGGAGAAGAAUGCUUCAGCCACAAAGAAAGAGAAAAAGGUCCCCAGAACUGGUACCUCUCAGAGAAAGACAAGAAGUCAAGGAUCUGCUCCGGAACCUGGUUUGUAACGGGUGAUGGGAAUUGGUGCAUCAUUUGGCUAUUGGAUGGGACUGGGGACUUGGCUAAGUCGGGUUUAUACAUUCAUGGCUG